AUGCCCACACCAAGAUCCAUAGAGGAGACCAUAGAACUGUUCCUCCUCGUUCCUGACGCUACAGAGGCUACACUUCGACUCCGUACACUACACGACACAACCGCAAUAAUGAUACCCCCUUGGAAUUCCCUUUGCCGGAAGGAUCCACCUGUCACCAGGACUACAACUGCUGCAUGGCUCAUGUUAUGUGGUCUUCUGGCUGAGAAACAUGUGCAGCACAAGAGGCUGUCUGGUAUUUUAGUCAGUGGCAUCUCAGAUGAUCACUUGGCACAGGUUAUAAAGUACAAUUCCUCACUCUCCAAGCUGAGCCUGCAUGGUGAUCCCCAACGGAAUGGUCCACUUUCCAUCUGGACUAAAUGGCUCAAUACUAUAUUCUCAAAGGUAGGUGAAGGUAAAACCCUACCAACUGAGAUGCUCAAACAGCUCUGGACUCCACUACAAGCUUUGUGUGAUACCGGGUUGGAGCGAAUAAGGCAGCAUCCAAUUCUGAGCAGUCACUUUGAGAAUGCCUUUAUGCUAAUGGGAACAAGCAGCAGGCAUUCUGGAGUCUACCUUGAGAUCUUGUAUAACCAGAGAGAAGGAAUCUUGCAAACAGAAUUUCCGGUAGAGACAGAGACAGUCAGUGACUGA